CCAAAGGAGUCCAGUGUAAAGACAUUUGCUGCCAGCUGACUUGUAACAGCCUACUGUGCGUUUCUUGCGUUUUCUCGGCGCUGCAGAAGCUUGUCAUUCAUUCUAAAAUCCCAAAGCAGGAGGCGUCUCUUUACAUUUAGUUGUAUUAGCUGUGUUGAGAGGACGAUGCCUUUGAGGACCGGACUUUUUCUCCUGAUGGUGCUGAACGCAUCUGCAAAUGAACUGGAUCAGAACGAGUCUUAUUCGCCCAGGAGAACACGCUUUUCUGCCAACAGCCCUUCAGAUGUGGCACGCUGUCUCAACAGUGCCCUCCAAGUUGGCUGCGGAGCCUUCGCCUGCCUGGAAAACUCCACUUGUGACACAGAUGGCAUGCAUGAAAUCUGCAAAUCCUUCCUUUACAGUGCUGCUAAAUUUGACACUCAGGGUAAAGCAUUUGUGAAGGAGAGCCUUAAAUGCAUCGCCAAUGGCAUCACCACGAAGGCAUUCCCCACCAUUCGCCGCUGUUCCACCUUCCAAAGAAUGAUAUCUGAAGUGCAAGAGGAGUGUUACAGCAAGCUAAAUAUCUGCACUGUUGCCCGAUCGAAUCCAGAUGCUAUUGGCGAAGUGGCACAGCUACCAAGUCACUUCCCCAAUAGGUUUUAUGGUAAGCUGCUCCAGAGCCUGAUGGACUGCGAUGAGGACACAGUGGACCGCGUCAGGACCAGCAUGGUGUCGCGCCUCGGCCCAGAGAUGACCAUGCUUAUUCAGCUGCUGCAGAACAAGCCCUGCCCGUCCACUGCUGUGGCUGCAGCUGCCGCCAUCCCGACUGGAGUGGAGGGCCGUGGGAGCUGGCGCUGGUCCAUGGGUCCCCAUAUGUACAAGAUCCAGCCUAAUCUGCGAAACAGAGACUCUGCCAGCCAUUUUGGCAAAAAGCGCUCUGCCAGUGACAGCUCCUAACUUCCACUCAGAUUCAGAAACUCCACAAAAAAAACAAAAAAAAAACAUUGUGAAAAGCCUCUCUGUUCCCUGGGGGUGGUAAAACUCCACCAGACUGGAAGUCAAAGGAACAUGCACCUCUAGGGAAUGCGGUGAGAGUCAAUAUUAGAGUUUGAUUGUUGUUAUGUUGUAUAUCCUACAGUUUAGGCUUGAGAGAACCCCCCCUUCCAUCGAGUCCGCUCACAGUUCAGUGUCGAACACGUGGCUGUUGCAUCUGUGCGACGAGGCGUUCCUGUUCACACUUCUUCACUUCCUCCAACAGAGGUGAAACCGUGAGAAGUUGUUUAAAGCCAAGCAUAAAACGGAAAAAACAACAAAAAAAGCCAGGGUGGUCAACGCCUCAAGAGCACAAAUCCGUACUUUUAAAAAGACCAAAACACAAUCUCAUAACCCCAACAUCUGUUCAUGAAUAGAAACCAGUAGUUGGAUUAUUACUAGUUCACCAAUAGGAAUGGGAAAUUAUUGGUAGAUGUAGUUAACAUUUUCAGCAAUGAGACUUGUCAAAUUGUGAGCAUGAGAUGUGGAAAUGAGUUUCAUAUUUAUUUCCUGACUAACAUGACAGUUAAAUGUACUGUACACCAAGUUAUCUGAGACAGCCAUAGCUCGCCCUCUAAAAGAGAGAGUGCUCAUUACGGUGCGAGGUCUAAGGGGUUUUGUGAUAACCUUUGAGAGGUUACCUUAAACUGACCAAAAAAACCUUCAAACUGCCCUGAAUGAUAUUCAUGAAAUACCCAAAUAGUGUAGAAUACCUAUAGUUAUAGGGGUGUCACAAUUUUCAUUUUAAAAAUCAGAAAAUGUAUU